UUAUAAUUCUGAAUGCACUUAGAGAAUUGGAGGAGUAGAGUGACUGGAGCUGACCUGAGCUGUCUCUGUUUCUUUUCUGACUAUAACAAAGUUUGUUCAAUGGCAACAGUGGUGCAGCUGUUCAGUUUUAUUCUGGUUACUACUAUCCUAGUAACCAGCGGGAUGAGUUGGGCCCUUGAGGACUGUCUCCAGGAGCUGGAGCGGCUCAGAGCCCAAGUGCACACGCUCGAGACCCGAGUCAAACAGCAACAUGUCAGGAUGGCACAGCUUCUACAGGAGAAGGAAACCCAGUUCCUGGACCAAGGAGAGGAAAGCAGCAUCAUCGAUCUUGGAGGCAAGAGGCCAUAUGCAGAUUGUUCAGAGAUUUUCAAUGAUGGGUACAAGCUGAGUGGAUUUUACAAAAUCAAACCUCUUCGGAGCCCAGCAGAAUUCUUUGUUUUUUGUGAUAUGUCUGAUGGAGGAGGAUGGACAGUAAUUCAGAGACGAUCUGAUGGCAGUGAGAACUUUAACAGAGGCUGGGAUGACUACGAAAAUGGUUUUGGAAAUUUUGUUCGACCAAAUGGUGAAUAUUGGCUGGGUAAUAAAAAUCUUCACUUAUUAACCUCACAAGGUGAUUAUACUUUAAAGAUUGAUCUUACAGAUUUUGAAAAGAAUAGUCGCUAUGCACAAUAUAAAAACUUCAAAGUUGGAGAUGAAAAGACUUUUUAUGAGUUGAAUAUUGGGGAAUAUGCUGGAACGGCUGGAAAUGCUCUUGCAGGGAAUUCUCACCCUGAGGUGCAGUGGUGGGCCAGUCACCAAAGGAUGAAAUUCAGCACGUGGGACAGAGAUAAUGACAACUAUGAGGGGAACUGUGCAGAGGAAGAUCAGUCUGGCUGGUGGUUCAACAGGUGUCACUCUGCGAACCUGAACGGCUUGUACUACCAAGGUCCUUACAGAGCCAAAACAGACAACGGCAUCGUCUGGCACACCUGGCUGGGGUGGUGGUAUUCUCUAAAGUAUGUGGUUAUGAAAAUUAGGCCAAAUGAUUUUAUUCCAAAUAUUAUUUAAUGGAUCCCUUUCGGCUUUCAUUUCCACAAUUUAUCCCGACUUAAAGUGAUUUGAACACAAAGACGUAUGAUGACAACAAUUGUAUGGAAUGUAAACUACUUUUUACUCUU